AUGAAUAAUGUCCUAUUAAAUGUCAAGUCUUACAGAAAGCUGUGGCGGAAUGUGUUCUCUAUGACGGGAACUGUUGGUGUGCCCAUGCCAACCAUCAAGGCAAGGCUUGAUUCGGUGCCAGAGAUGGAAUAUGAUGCACUUGCCAAUGUGCCGCGUGGAGAAAUUUGCCUGAGGGGAAGUACCUUGUUUUCUGGUUAUCAAAAAGAAGUCCUUGUGGAUGGGUGGUUCCAUACAGGUAACAAAUUUGCCUGA